GCCGACGCGGCGAGCCCCAUCAGAUUUCAUAAUUUUGGCUCUGGUCCCCUUAAAUGCACAGGACUGAGGACUGGGAUUCAGGGAACGAGGCUCUGGGGAGGAGGCGAAGGACCUGAGGGCGCGCCCACUCCGUGCCUCAGGGCACGGUGACGGAUCAAGCAAAAAUAUGGCGAUGCUCUCAGUUGGGGUGACCUCAUCAGUUUUGCUGGUACCGUUGCUAUCCGGGACAUGGGAGGCCCAACAAAUCCGCACUGUUUUGGACGAGUCGAUGAUGCAGAUGGUAACAAGAGUGACAUUUUUGGCGUCACAGAUAGCUGGCAAGAUACGGACUGCGUUGUGCAAGGAAAUUGCCAGGAGCCACUGGGUGCGGUGAAGGUUGGUUUGAUCUAUGUGAACCCUGAGGGGCCUUUGAACGACCCGAACGAUCUGAACAGUGGGCAAAACCCAGAUCCAGAGAAGAGUGCCGUCGAGAUUCGGGAGGUGUUCGGCCGCAUGGGGAUGAACGAUUCUGAGACAGCUUCCCUGAUAGCAGGUGGUCAUGCUUUCGGCAAGUGUCAUGGUGCCGGCGUUAUGACGAGUGGCUUCGAGGGGCCGUGGACGACAACUCCUUCUCAAUGGACCAACCAAUUCUUGACUGGAAUGCUUGAUGAGGAGUGGGAGCAAGUCGCAACUCCAUCUGGGUCGGCGGUGCAGUGGCAGACGAAGGACAGGACCAGCAUCUUGGCUGGAACCAUGCGUCUGACAGCAGACUUGGCUCUUGUGAGCGAUGAUGCGUACCUGGCGUUAGCGAAACAUUGGGUGUGUGACCAGCAGAAACUUGACAUAGCGUUUGCCGCGUCUUGGAAGAAGCUCGUGGAGUCUGGCGGUGGAUGGUUGCCCGUGGAAGACAGGAGGUGUGAGCCUGAGUCCAAGGCGACGGGGCAGCAAACAGACCCCCAAAAGAAUUUCCAUUCGGUGUGCGCCACGACGACCGCUGAUGAUUCACAAGAAGCCAGCGCUGCCACUAAAUUCUGUUUGUCGUUUUUGGCGGUGGUUUUCACCCCGUUCAGCCUUGGCGUGCACUCCUGGCUUGCGUAGACUUUCGCGCUUGUAUAGUGUAUGGGUUCGCGCAUGUGCGGGUUUUCACGAUAACUUUAGUAAUGGCGAGCUCCGUGGCACAGGCUGCGGCCACCACGGCCGAAAAGGCGUCCAUUAAUUUGAGCUAGGUCCUGGUGAUGUUUGCGGCCUCGCCGAGGGGGGGUGUAAGAGACUACACCCCCCAGUCACACAGGACGGUCCCCGCCGCUUGGCCCCAAAAAAAGAGCGCCGCUUCCUACCUCGAAUCCUCCU